AUGGCAACCGCAGCAGUUCAAGCAGAGCCUUCUGGCCUACAGAAUAUUUCUAUCUUACUAGAGAAUCUCAACAAUUGCCUUUCAAGCACUGGGGCCUCUCUGCCCAAAGCGACACGUGACGUUCCGACCGAUGUCUCGAUCGAGCCUCCUCAGGAUGGCAUUUCGCUCCUCGAUACGAAAAAUGACCUGCUCCUGUCUUACCUCCAAAACCUCGUCUUUCUGAUCAUCUUUCAAUUACGAGAAAUUUCCUCGUCAAAAGAACAGGGCGAUAACCACGAUGAGAAUUCGAUUCAGCGCGAGGAAAUUGUCAAGAAGCUUACCGAGCUCCGUGUGUAUCUGGACAGAGGUGUCCGGCCCCUAGAGGGACGGCUUAAGUAUCAGGUUGAUAAGGUGAUAAAGGCGGCGGAGGAUGCUGAACGAGCCGAACGUGGGGCACCAGCUACGACGAAGAGCAAGACCAAGAAAUCGAAAAAGUCUGGCGGCGAAGAAGAGUCGGGCUCGGACAGCGGUUCGAGUGACAGCGACGAGGACAGCGAUGAAGAGGAUGAGGACAUCGACGAGAUGGCCUUCCGGCCGAACGUAUCCGCCUUUUCCAAGGGAGUGGAGCCCCAGGCCAGAGCAGAGAGGGCAGACAAGCAAGACACAGGCGAUGGAAUCUACCGACCACCGAGGAUCAUGCCGACCGCACUUCCGACCACCGAGCGCAAAGAACAGAGAGAGCGCCGUCCACUCCGGUCGAAUGUCAUCGAUGAGUUUGUCAGCGCGGAAAUGUCCGCCGCCCCUAUGGCCGAGCCCAGCAUCGGCAGUACCAUUGUCGCCGGCGGAAGACGCUCGAAGUCCAGAAAGGAGAGAGAGCACGAGGCCGAGCGCACUACUUACGAAGAAACCAACUUUGUGCGAUUGGCCAAGGAGAGCAAGAAGGACAAAGCCAAGCGCGGUGGCAAGGAGAGCACUUUCGGAGGUGAAGAAUGGAGAGGCCUCACCGAAGGCGCGGAUCGGAUCGCAAAACUUACGCGCAGAGCCAAGGGAAGCGGUGGCGCUCUGGAGAGAAGUCGGAAGCGGAAGCUUAACGAGGAUGGACAGCGCAGCGAUGGAGUGGCCGUGGGACAGAUCUUUGAGAAGCGACGGAAGAAGGUUGACAGCUGGAAACGGUCAUAG